CUGUCAGAGAAGGAAAAUACUAAAUUAUACGAGCAAUCUAUUUAGUGGCUGGUUCUUUUGGUGAGUGGUAAACAUUAAAAAUGGCGAAGUACGUUACUGCAUUUCUCGAUAAAGCCAAAAUAUCCUUCGAUAUUCUGAAACAAAAUGGAGGCAUUAGAGGAUCCUUUUAUACUUUUUUCCGAACCGAUGAUCUAAAGAAUGGAACUGUUAUCGGCAAGGAUAAAUAUGGAAACACAUAUUACGAGAACAAUCGCUAUUUUGUUGGUCGAAACCGAUGGGUCAUUUAUAAUGACAACGUGUAUUUGGAUUACGAUGGUUCCCAAGUUCCCGCUGAAUGGUAUGGCUGGCUGCACUACAAGACCGAUCUGCCUCCAACUGUGAAGCCACCAGUUCACUACAAAUGGAUGAUUGACCACAUUGAAAAUAAAAGUGGAACAGAGGAGGCAUACAUGCCUUGUUCUACAACAAAAUCCAAAAUUCAAGCUUGGGAUCCUAAUGCCAAAAAAGAGUAGACUCCUUCUUCUGUACAGUUUGAUAGUGUUUCACAACUCAAUAAAUAAAUAUAGGUUAAA